UCGGCCUCAGAUUCAGCUCUGAGGCGAGGCGACUCAGGAGUCCAGGUGUGGUUGCGUUAUGGACUGUAACUGUGUCAGUGACCUACUGCUCACCCCCCCUGUCCCAGCCCUCUGGACACCAGGCAUCGCCUUCCCCGACUGGGCCUACAAGCCGGAGUCGAGCCCCGGCUCCCGGCAGAUCCAGCUGUGGCACUUCAUCCUGGAGCUGCUGCAGAAGGAGGAGUACCAGGGGGUGAUCGCCUGGCAGGGAGACUACGGCGAGUUCGUCAUCAAAGACCCGGACGAGGUGGCGCGGCUGUGGGGCAUCCGAAAAUGCAAGCCUCACAUGAACUACGACAAGCUGAGUCGAGCUCUCCGGUACUACUACAACAAGCGCAUUUUGCACAAGACCAAAGGCAAGCGCUUCACCUACAAGUUCAACUUCAGCAAAGUGGUUCUGGUCAACUACCCACUCUUGGACAUGGCCAGCUCCCCGUUCUUACUGGCCCAGAACCAUUUCAACGGUGGGUCCGCAGCUCCGGAGUGCAGCCCGGUCACUCCCGAGGCGCUCCAGUCCCUGUUUCCACGUCUGCCGGAGUCGGGGAGGGCGGCAUCUCUGUUUGAGAGAGGAGGGGGUCCGCCGGGUCCUGACGGGGACAAGCUGAGGUUGGACACCUUCCCGUUCCUGAGCUCAGGUGCCCCUUGCUACUCGAAGCCCCCAUCCCUGUUGGGUCCUUACCCUCGUAAUCCACCGUUUGACUACCAAUGGGGUUUUAACCCUUACCUCCCAGGGGCUUUUUCACUAAACAACUGUCCUAAACUGCCCCCUGGCUCCCUCUAUCCUUCCCACUUUUACCCCAAUCCACUGCAAACCAGCUUGUCCCAGCUGCCGAACCCCUUCUCCUCUAUACUACCCCCAGGAGAGGCGGCCGAGAGGGCUGGGGGGCAAACGGGAGGGGCCAAUGGCGCAGCGGGAGGGCAGUCUGCUAGAGUCUGCAUACCCUCCUACCCUGGCACCCUGGCGCUGAAUCGGACUGACGUCGGCAACGGAGGCGCAAGUGAGAGAGAGAGAGCGGAGGGCAACGGACCCAACGGCGGGCUGGGGUUGGGCCUGGGGUUGGGUUUAGGGUUAGGUUUGGGGGGUGUCAGUUUGGGGAACGGCGCGGGGAGGCAAAGCCCUUUGGAGAGGCGCAGCGUGGUGAAGCAGGACCCAGAAUCCGAUUCGGAGCUGGAGAUCACCGAUCUGAGCGACUGCAGCUCCGAGAACGAGAACGAGACCGACUUCAUCAUCUCCAAGGAGGGCAGGCUGAACAGCCGAUCGCGGAUUCUGGAGGCGAAAUCGGCGACUCCUCUGCCGGCCCUGUCAUCCCUCCCCCACCCCGGGUCCCCCCAUCACCUCAAGAGCUUACUGCCCUCAAAUCCUCCGACUCCUUCCCUUCCUGCAUCCAUCUCGCCCUCGCUCUCCAUGGUAGACCGACACAGGGAAACAGAGGCACUCAAACUGGCUCACAGCUAAUAAAUCUGGUCCCAAGUCCCGUGAUCUUUCAUCUCUCUCUCUCUCAAAA